AUGAAGGUCCUCGCCGUUCUCGUCCUUGCCGUUUUCACCGGUUGCAACGCCAACCUGUUUUAUGCAGACGCGCCCCGCUCGCAUACGGAGGAGCUCAGGGACGGCUUCUGGCUCUACGCCGGGAAAAUCACCCAGACUACCGAUGACACCAUCCAGGUGAUCAGGAAGUCUCAGCUCGGACAGGACAUCAGCGCCCGUCUGAUGGAGAGUGCCGACGCUGCCAGCAAGUAUGCGGCCUCCCUGCAGGAGCAGCUUCCCCCUGUCGCCCAGGACCUCAUCACCAAAGUCAGCGCAGAGGCCGACCUGCUGAAAGAGCGCGUGAACACGGAGCUGAGCACCGUCAGGGAGAGGCUGGAGCCCCUCGCUGGUGACCUGAAGGUGAAGGUCCAGGAGAGGGUGGAGCAGCUGAAGCAGGAGCUGGCCCCAUACGUCGACACCGUGGACGCCGAGGGCCUGAGGAUCACCCUGAUCGAGAAGAGCGAGGAGCUGAAGGCCAGCCUGGAGCAGACCGUGGCGGACCUGCAGGUCCAGAUGGGGCCCUACACCGAAGAAGUGAAGGUGAAGGUGGAGCAGCACCUGGAGGACUUCAAGCAGCGCGUGUCUCCGGUGGCCGAGAAGGUCCAGGGUCAGCUGAAGGAGAGGGUCCAGCAGGUGAGGGAGCUGGCCGCCCCCUACGUCGAAGAGGUGAGGGACAGGCUGAACCCCUACGCCGACGACCUCCAGACCCGUCUCGCCGCCCUCUACGAGUCCUUUGUCAACACCAACUAAUUCGUCCGACUGAAAUGAACUUCCAUCAUGACAAACCAAAUCCAAUGAUCCCAGACGCAUGAAAAUAUUGUUAAGACAAAACAUUCCCCUAUUUGAAAGUUGCUGAUAUUGUAGAGAUUUAUUUACAGUGUUAAAGAGUUUCAUUCCAACAACGUUUGGUCUGUUUCCACUCUGUGUUCUCUUCCUAUAUUAUGGAAAAUUAAAUAAA